UAUGUUGAUAACUCUGCAGAUGAGGAUAGCGAAUAUUAGCUAGUUAGCUAGUUUGUCCUGACCUGCAGCGUUUGCGUUGGGCUUUUUUUUGCAAAGUGAAAUUUCUUACCUUAUAAGUCAUAUUCUUCAUGUUUCGUGAGAAUGGCGUCAAGACCAGCAUUGUCGAAACACAAGGUGAUCUCCUCGGGGAGACUGGCGAUCACCGGGCGAGGACAGCCUGUCAAGAAGAAGGCAGCGAGGUUGUCAAGUCGGCCAGCAGCUGCCCCUGAGCCACACUACUCCCUCUACUCCACCGACUCAGAAGAUCAGAGUACCCCUGCCAAACCCAAACCCAGAACUGCCGCAGCAAGACGAGAGGCUGAAAGGAAGAAACCUCUGAGGAAAGCCACCUGUCCGUCUUCAGCAGCUUCUCAUGGUUCGUCCAUAGCCGCAACGCAGAAGACCACGACGUCCACUCUCGCUCAGCCUGUGCAGAGAGGGCAACAGCCAUAUUGCCCUGAGGGACGUCAGCCAAUAGCAGAGCCUGGCCUGGCAUCACAUGACCCGGCUGGUCCUCAGGUGGGCCCGCCCCUCACCCCGGCCGCCCAAUGGGAGCUGAUGCAGACGCAGGCCAGGUCAUCAGUGGCCAAUCAGCAGCAGCUUCAGCAGCAGAGUAGUGGAGCUAGCCUGCAGGCCCCCUCACCAGGCCAGAUAGGCUCCACUCUGUUCAACUGCCGCCUGGCCACCUCCACUCCUGUCCUCGGCCCUCACGACACGCCCACCUCCCAACCUGCCCCUGCGAUGACAUCAUCAUUAAGCGACGCAGCUCUGCAGCAGUUGGCUCAGCAGUGGCUCAUGGCCUCAGCUGCCUCCCACGGACUCCUGCCCUUGGCCCCCAACGCCCAACAACACCCGGUUACCAUGGCUACCGCCCAACAACAACAACACCCUGUUACUAUGGCUACCGCCCAACAACACCCUGUUGCCAUGUCUACAACCAAUAUGGCCGCCUCCAUGGCAGUUCCCAAUAUGGCCGCCGGCCAACAGCAUCCGGUCACUAUGGCUACUGGCCAGCAGCACCAGGUCUUCAGCAGCAUGCCGGAGUCCCUCAGAGUCGCAUCAGCCCCCCACACAGCAGCUGCCCCAUCCAAUAUGUCUGCCCCCAUGGCCCCAUCCAAUAUGUCUGCCCCCAUGGCCCCAUCCAACAUGUCUGCCCCCAUGUAUACCCAGCACAGUGCAGCUGUCCCACCCCAGGAGCCACAGUUGCCCCAGCAUGGGUCUGUGGCCCCUGGACAUGGCGUGCUACCAGACCACCCCAGCCCCAGCAAUCCCACCAUCACCGUCAACACCGUUCCUACAGCAGGUGCACUGCCCAGUCACAACAACCCACAUGUGAAGCAGAACGGCGUCGCCGGAAACCCCCCCUCCGAUUCCAGAGCACACAAACUGUACACCACGACGUUACCGUCAUCAUCAGCAGCGGCUCAGGCGUCCCAAAAUGCACCUGGCCAGUCUGUGGCCAAUCAGCCUCGGCCGCGGACACCAUUGGACGGCCCAGAGUACACCACCUCCAGCAGCAGCAGCGAGGACGAGGACGUGGACAUCACACCAGUCAGGGACAGCGACUCCCAAAAUGGCUGCCUCGACUCCCAAAAUGGCGGCGGUGUCAGCAGGGGAUUGGCGGACGUCCUGAAGGCCAAAGCUCUGAGUCCUCAGAAGACGGCCAGGAAGGUCAUGACCGUCAAGUACCUGCUGGGGGAGCUGAAGACACUCGUAGCCAAUCAAGACAGUGCGGCGGUGCAGCUGAUUAACGAGGUUGAGAACAGCAUCUCUCUGCUGCCCUCUAUGGUCGGAUCCACCAACAUACAGGCAGAACUGGCACUCGCACUACAGCCACUACGCAGCGAGAACGCACAGCUACGCAGGCGUCUGAGGAUCUUGAAUCAGCAGUUGAUGGAGAGGGAGCGAGCUGAGAGAGAAGCCAGACCUGUAGACUGCGACAUGGAGAUGACGUCGCUGCAGUCCCUCAACCUGUCUCUGCAGCUGCAGCUCCGUGAGGCCCACAAGGAGACGGAACAGGUCCAUCAGGAGAACAAGGAGCUACGGCAAGCGGUGGAGGACAAACAGAGUCAACUGGAGCUCAGCAGGCAGCAGAGUGAAGCAGAGACCAGCCGCAUCAUGAUGGAUGUGAGUGAUGCCUUGGCAGAGAUGAGGAGCUGCCAGAGCCAGCUGGAGAUCUCAGUGGUGGAGAACGCUGCACUGACCACCUCUCUCCAGCAGAGGGAGGCAGAGAUCAGCAGACUACAGCAAGUCAUCAGGAGUCUUCAGGGUAAACUCUCUGCGUCCUCGAUGGAGCAUCUUGACGCGUCGACGCCGGACGUAUCCAAGUCCGACUCAAACCCGAACCCGACUCCGCAGCUCAGGAAGAACCUUCUCCAGCAGCACCAGCAGGAGCAGCAGCAGCAGCAGCAGCAGCACCAGCGCACCUCCCAGCGGGGCUCCGAGGCCUCCGUCUCCUCCUCCUCCAUCCACCACUACCUCCAGUCCAUGGAGCAGAGGAGGCUCCUCUCCGCCCCUAUCAGCCCCCCCAGGUCACACCGCAGCCCCCCCAAGAGCCCCAGCUGGCCCCCUGGGAGACCCGGAGACCCCUGGGGAGGAGGAGGAGGAGGCGGUGGUGGAGGGUCAGGGUCUAGUAGCCUGCCACUGGAGAGGAGCUACUCACCCAGGCGGCAAGGCACUACAGGCGCGGGCACAGGCGCGCCAGCGGUGGUGGCGCAGGAUGAUGACCCGUACAGCAGGCCUCAAUCGUCCGCAAGGUCGGAGAGGUCACUAGACGGCUCGAGUGCGUUGAGGUCCCUGAGCCAGAUUAUGGAGCGCCUGGCGUCCGUGUCGGCCCGCGGCGGAACGCCUUCGGAGAACGGCCACAAUGUUUACAAAUCCUCUCAUCAUCGUCACGACGACAAUACGGGUGCUCCAGCUGUGUUCAGCAGCGUCACUGUCACCAGGGCCACCACCUCCCUGCCGCCCAGGACGUGUAAAGAAGUUGCUAUGGGGACAGGCGCUGUGGGGACACUCGCCAGGCCCGCAGUGACGUUCACGAGGAGGGCGUCGGUCGUCAACAGCUCGCUGGCGUCCUCUCCCGAGUCGCUGGCCUCCAACUGCAGCUUCAGCUCCGUGUCCACGUUCAACACGCGCGACGAGGAGAUACUGAGGACAGGCAUGGACACACUAGACGCCACCAUCGCACGCCUACAGAGGACACUCGAGAUAGACCUGAAGAGAUGACUGCUGUGUGUGUGUGUGUGUGUGUGUGUGUGUGUGUGUGUGUGUGUGUGUGUGUGUGUGUGUGUGUGUGUGUGUGUGUGUGUGUGUGUGUGUGACGAGGAAAUAUUGCGAACAGGCAUGGACACACUAGACGCCACCAUCGCACGCCUACAGAGGACACUCGAGAUAGACCUGAAGAGAUGACCUGUGUGUGUGUGUGACGAGGAAAUAUUGCGAACAGGCAUGGACACACUAGACGCCACCAAUCGCACGCCUGCAGAGGACACUCGAGAUAGAUCUGAAGAGAUGAUGUGUGUGUGUGUGUGUGUGUGUGUGUGUGUGUGUGUGUGUGUGUGUGUGUGUGUGUGUGUGUGUGUGUGUGUGUGUGUGUGUGUGUGUGUGUGUGUGUGUGUGUGUGUUGCCAUCGCCAGGCUGCAGCUGACACUGGAAAUAGACUUGAAGAGAAUGACCACUUUGGAUGCUUUUUUAAUGUGUGUGUGUGUGUGCGUGCCUGUGUGAGUGUUUGUGUUUUCUUUUAUCUGUUUUAAACUGUUGCUCCGGUGGCCUUAGAUAAAGGAGGAUAGUACAAUAUGAUUUUAAAUUAACUGGAUGUAUUUGUAUGUGCACAAGCUUAUUUGUAUUAUUGUUCGUUUUUAAUCACUGUCUUAAAUUAUUGUUGUUGUCGGGGGUUUUUUAGUAAUAAAGAAAGAAAAUUCU